AUGCCGUUGGAGAAUAUCGUUGUUCGGGGGGCGCGGGAGCAUAAUCUGAAGGAUGUGAGCGUUACGAUCCCGCGCAAUAAGCUUGUGGUGAUGACGGGUGUUUCGGGGUCGGGCAAGAGUUCCCUGGCGUUCGAUACGAUUUAUGCUGAGGGGCAGCGGCGGUAUGUGGAGUCGCUGUCUUCUUAUGCGCGGCAGUUCCUGGGGCGGAUGGAUAAGCCGGAUGUGGAUUAUAUCGAGGGGCUUUCUCCCGCGAUUUCCAUAGAUCAGAAGGGCGUGUCGCAUAAUCCGCGCUCGACGGUAGGGACGGUUACGGAGAUUUACGAUUACCUGCGGCUGCUGUUCGCGCGGACGGGGCAUCCGCAUUGCUACAAGUGCGGGCGUCCGGUGGAGCGGCAGACGGUGCAGCAGAUUGUUGACGCGGUGCUGGGUUUGCCGGAGAGCAGCCGUAUUCAGAUUAUGGCGCCGAUGGUGCGGCGGCGGAAGGGCGAGCACAAGGAGGUGUUCGAGGACGCGCGCAAGGCGGGGUUUGUGCGGGUGCGGGUGAACGGCGAGGUUCAAGAUCUGUCGGAGUCGUUCGAUCUGGACAAGCAGAAGUGGCACGACAUCGAGGUGGUGGUGGACAGGCUGGUCAUCGGGACGAGCGCGGAGCAGACGCGGGUGGCGGACUCGGUGGAGACGGCGCUGAAGAUGGCGAGCGGCACGGUGCUGGUGGAUGUGGUCGGUGGCGAGGAGCUGCUGUUUUCGGAGCAGUUCGCGUGCGUUCAUUGCAAUAUCAGCAUGGGGGAGCUUGAGCCGCGCACUUUCAGCUUCAACAAUCCGCACGGGGCGUGCUCGACAUGCACGGGGCUGGGGUACAAGCUGGAGGUUGACGAGGGCCUGCCACUUGAGUCGCUGGCGCGGGCGUUUGAGUUUUCGCUGGAUGUGCCGGUGAAGGAUAUGGAGAAGCAGGACCUCGACAGGGUGCUGUACGGGACGAAGCGCAAGCGUAUCGAUGUGCAGCAUCACACGCGGCGGGGCAAGACGUAUCGCUGGCGGACGGCGUUCGAGGGGGUCAUCAACAAUCUGGAGCGGCGGUACAAGGAUACGGAGUCGGACCAUGUGCGCUCGGAGAUAGAGCGGUAUAUGUCGACGAACCCGUGCAGCGCGUGCAAGGGGGAGAAGCUGAGGCCGGAGGCGCGGGCAGUUACGGUGUGCGGCAUCAACAUUAUGGAUGUGACGAACAAGUCUAUCGCGCAGGCGAGCGCGUGGAUUGCGGCGAUUGGGGGGGAUAGCGGUCAGGUUCCUCAUUCACUCGACAAGCUCGAAACAGGCUCUGUUCCUCUUGCAAAUGGUGCAGCGGCAAAUGGUGCAGCGGCGAAUGGGACGGUGAAGGGUGCGAAGGGGCGUAAGAGGAAGUCUAAGGCGUCGCGGAAUGGGCGGGUGAAGGUUGAGCAUCCGAGUGUGCUGAGCGAUCGGGAGAAGGCGAUUGCGGGGCAGAUUCUGAAGGAGAUCGAGGCGCGGCUGACCUUUUUGCUGAAUGUCGGGCUGGACUACCUGACGCUGUCGCGGACGGCAUCGACGCUGAGCGGCGGGGAGGCGCAGCGGAUACGGCUGGCGACGCAGAUCGGGUCGGGGCUGAUGGGAGUGCUGUAUGUGUGCGAUGAGCCGUCUAUCGGGCUGCAUCCGGCGGACGACUACAGGCUGAUACAGACGCUGAAGGGGCUGCGCGACCUAGGGAAUACGGUGCUUAUCGUGGAGCACGACGAAGCGAUAAUGCGGGCGGCGGACUACAUCGUUGACCUUGGGCCGGGCGCGGGCGAGCAUGGCGGGCACAUCGUGGCGACGGGGCCUGUCGAGGAUAUCAUGGCGUCGGCGGAGUCCAUCACGGGGCAGUACCUGAGCGGGCGGCGGCAGAUUCCGCUGCCUGCUGAGCGGCGUCCGGGGAACGGCGAGCAGCUGGUCAUCAGGGGGGCGGCGCAGAACAACCUGAAGGACAUAGAUGUGGAGAUUCCGCUGGGGAUGCUGGUGUGCGUUACGGGGGUGUCCGGGUCGGGGAAGAGCACGCUGAUCAACGAGAUUCUGUACAAGAAACUGGCGCAGCAGUUCUACCGGGCGCGGGACAGGGCGGGAGCGGUGCGCGACAUCGAGGGCGUGGAGCAUAUCGACAAGGUGGUGGACAUCGACCAGUCGCCUAUCGGUCGGACACCGAGGAGCAAUCCGGCGACAUACACGGAUACUUUCACGCCGAUACGCGAACUGUUCUCGACGGUGCCGGAGGCUCGGAUGCGCGGGUACAAGCCGGGGCGGUUCUCGUUCAAUGUGAAGGGCGGGCGCUGCGAGGCAUGCACGGGGGACGGGCAUAUCAAUAUCGAGAUGCAGUUCCUGCCGGAUGUUACGGUGCCGUGCGAGAUAUGCGAGGGGAAGCGGUAUAACCGCGAGGCGCUGGAGAUUUACUGGCGGGACGCGAAUAUCGCGGAUGUGCUGGCGAUGACGGUCACGGAGGCGCUGGAUGCGUUCGAGAAUAUCCCGCGCGUGCGGCGGCGAUUGCAGACAUUGCAGGAUGUGGGGUUGGGGUACAUACGGCUGGGGCAGCCUGCGACGCAGUUGAGCGGGGGCGAGGCGCAGCGGGUGAAAUUGGCGAAGGAGCUGUCGAAGCGGGCGACGGGGAAGACGCUGUAUAUUCUGGACGAGCCGACGACGGGGCUGUCGUUCGAGGACUGCGCGCAUUUGCUGUGCGGGUGCUGGCUGUUCCAUUCGGCUCGUAGGACGCGUGGGAUAUACGGUGUGCCUUAUCGUAGACAUGGCACCGGCUGGACAUGA